AUGAUUGCGUUACAAAACCAGCCUAUCCUACCACCUCCUGCCAAAGUGGAUAUCUCACUGCUGUUGAAGCCCCAAGAUGAGGAGGAAGCCACCCCCAUGAACAUGAUGAGCAACACCUCGACCCUCCCGCCUGUUCCUGCUAUGCAUCCGUUGCCGCCAAUGGCUCCGAUUGCACCACCACCACCAGUUGGAGUUGGUCUGGCGACCCAGCCAUCGGUGCCUUCGGCGUCCUCGGGCCCCCCGCUUACUGCCAAGGUUUCAGCUGGUGCUGGGACGAAGCGCCUGCAACCGGCUCACACUGCGGAGUCACCGGCGAAGAAGCAGUCAAAGUGGUCUCCAGAAGAGGACGCCCUGAUCAUCGAGCUGCGGGGCAGCGGCAUGAAGUGGGAGGACAUCAGCAAACGACUACCGGGACGGAGUGCAAUCAGCUGCCGCCUUCAUUACCAGAACUACUUGGAGCGACGAAGUGAAUGGGACGAGGAUAAGAAAAACAAACUCGCACGUCUUUAUGAAAGGUUCAAGGCCGAGAUGUGGUCCAAAGUGGCAGAGGAAAUGGCGAUUCCAUGGCGGGCUGCAGAAGCGAUGCAUUGGCAGUUGGGCGAGCAAGAGAUGGCGCGUCGAGCUGGCGUGGUCCCGUUUUCACUCUCCAGUUCAGCGAUUGAUCCCCCGACGACCAGAACCCGCAGGGCGAGUACAUCCCUAUCCCGACCAAGAAAGGGCUCCGCAUCACGAUCGAUCCAUCUCCCGCCUCAGCUUCCGUCCGUCCAGGAGCUCACCGCUGGCGUCCCUGCUGCUGGUGUUCCCGCAUACGCUCCUCCGCCGUUUCCGCCUCAAAUACCUCCACGAGAUGCCUACCGGAUAGGACCACCACUGGAUUUGGGAAGAGGCCAUCCUGGCCAUCUGGGUCCAAAUCUCGGACUUCCCCCGCGAACGCUUCCCUAG